AGAAAGAAAACCAUGCUAGCAGCAUUCAAGCUCAUUUCAGACCAGACGUGCAUCCGCUUCCACGAAUACACCAAUGAGAUUAACUACAUCGAGUUCGUCUCUGGGACAGGCUGUGCGUCGUAUGUAGGUUUUCAGGGCGGGGCCCAGUCUCUGUACUUCGGUAGCGUCUGUAACGUGGGGAACCUGUGCCAUGAGCUGAUGCAUGCCCUGGGCCUGCACCACGAGCACACACGGCCAGACCGUGACCAAUACGUCACCAUACAGUGGGACAACGUGGUCCCUGGAAAAGAAGAGAACUUUAAGGUGAAGAAAGGAGACACUCAGGACCUGCCCUAUGACUACGACUCCAUAAUGCACUACGGAACAUACUACUUCUCAUCAAACCGGAACCCCACUAUUGGCUCCAAGAAGAGGGGAGUCCAGAUUGGACAGAGAAAUCACCUGAGCCCCCUGGACAUAACACGCCUUAACAAACUCUAUCAAUGUGAAUAACAAUGCACAGUUUAUCACUUAUUACACCAUCGAAGAAGAUUUCAACACCGCUGCUGUCGACUGAAGACUCCAACACAAAUGGCACUGACAUUUUAACUUCAACAAUAAGUUGAACAAGUCCCUUAAAGCUUUCUGAUGUAUUGUACGUGUGUUCAGCAGCAGGUAGUUUAAUUUGUCCUGUGUGCUCUUGCUGCCUUGAAUUAGGCCUAUUCCACUGCACAUGUCUUGGAAAUAAAUAAAAUGAUCUCGACUGAAAAUAA